GUGGCCGAGAUCACGACGCGAAAGGUGCGCGCGAAUCUCAUGUGGUCAGUCCGUCGGCAACCAUCGCGCACGCGCGGCGCAAAUUCCAGUUCAAAAAUGGCCAGUAACAAAAAGCCGCGCGAAAACUUAAGUUUACUUUUUCAACGCAAUAGAAUACAAUUUAAAAAAUAAGCUACAAAUUUUACGACCAAAGAGUUUUUUUAGUUACAAUUAUGAAACCUAUAAAAUGCCUACGAAUUUUUUGAAGUGUUUAGUGAUUGUUUUAGUGAUAUUAGUUUUAUUAGAUUCGUGUUGUGGUGGAAAAAUAGUUAAAACUAAGAAAAGAAAGGUGAAUAAAAAGAGUGAUUUGAUCAGAAGAAUAAACACAGGAGGAAACCUGUUCAGAAAUGAUACUUCGGUGGAGCAAGGAAGAGGAUUUGCAUCCAGUAUCCUAUCCCUGGGUCGAGUGUUCAACUUCUUCCCCGUGGGCGGCGAGCGGGAAUGCAAGCCGGCUACUGACACCAUCGCCCGCGCAGGCAUCUGUCUCAACCCGUACGACUGUCGCCAAAGAGACGGGAGGGCCAGCGGCGAUUGCGCACAUGGACUGGGCGUCUGCUGUGUGUUCGAGGUGACAUGCGGGGGUAAGAUUGAGAACAACCUGACUUACUUCAUGUCGCCCGGGUUCCCCGAGGCGUGGAGCGGGGACCGGGACUGCGGCAUCACGGUGCAUAAGACACACGCGGGCAUCAUGCAGCUACGGAUCGACUUUAUCCAGUUCACAAUCGGCCAACCAAACAGGACCACGGGAGAGUGUGACGAGGAUGCUAUGAUAUUGGGGGAAGGAGCUAGUAACUUCACCAUUUGCGGCCAAAACUACGGACAGCACUUAUAUUACACUCUAUCAAGUGGCUCGGAGAAGAGAGAAGCGGGCGAGUUGGCUGACACGAAGACCACCCGACUUACAAUACGAACUAGAGGCAGUGAGAUGCCUCGCUUGUGGUUGAUGAGGAUGGCGCAAAUGCCUUUGGCUAAUUCUGCGCCCCAUGACUGUUUGCAGUACCACACUGAGAACAAUGGGACGAUAAAAACCUUCAACUACGCGUACAAUGGCCGCCAUCUUUCGGGACACGAGUACCGCGCGUGUGUGAGACGGAACACGGGAUUCUGUUCCGUACGGUACACGCCGUGCGACAGCCGCUCCUUCAGGAUCGGCGGGGGGAACGGUGGCCUGACUGGUGGUUCUGCAUUCUAUUACGGAACUGCCGGGUCUAAUGGCCCCAGUGCAGGGUUCAAUGGUACAAACAGCUCGUCCAUUGGCGACGUGACCAUGGCACCAUCAGAACCUGACGUUGACAAUGAGGCGCAACCUUCAGAGCCCUCAGUGACUGGUGGUCAGAUGGGACAGCCAGCCCAACCAGCUCAACCACCGGGGAUUGUUGAUGAUAGUCCAAUGAUAGACGAAGGCAUGAUGCCAGCAGAUGGCCCUGGCAUUCAAGACGAUGAGAUGGAAGGUUCAGGAGCUGACCCCAACGUAGCACCUUCGAUUACUCCUGCUCCUCAAGCAUCGCCAGGAAUAUUAGCUAUGAUAUGGAGUUUUAUCUUCCCAUCUUGGCUGUGGGGGCAGACUGGCCGAUCCAGGAGUGACGUCGCACAUUUGGAGGAAAACUUGAAGAGUCUUGCGGAAAGCUGGAGUAGAAACAACAGGAGAAUAAGACCUGAAAGAAGUCAAGAAGGCAAAGAAGAGGAUGAAGAUAGAUGGGAAGAAAGUGAUAGAAAAUUUGAUCGGAAUAGUAAAUGGAGCCAAAAGAAGAAAAACAAAAAUGCUAUAAAAAGUAAUAAUGACCAAGGAAAAACAUGGAAAUGGAAUCGCUGGUCCCCAUACGCUCAACAUUAUAGCAAGGAAGAUGACAGAUUGCGAUAUAAUGGAUAUGGAAAGUAUGGAUCGGGUCUUGGCGGAAGAUAUGGAAGACAAAGAUGCCGGGAUAGAAUCACUAUACCGUGUGAAAAUGAAUAUUUUGUCUCGAGCUCAUCUUUCGUCCCUGGAGUGUGUGACCCCCAUCACUGCGGCGACUCCUUCUGUCCAGGGGUGGCCUUCGACCAAUGCAGGGUUGAAACUUCAAUAUCACCCUUCGCAGUGUCAGUACAUUUCGCUCACCCCACCCCCAAGAGAAGUCCGGAGGAAAAUAUAGGCGCUUGUCUGAGAUAUAGCCAAUUGCCAUGUGAUUCUUGAGAUUUUUACAAGGUUUUAACUUGUAAUGUAUGUGAGUAUGUAUGUUCGGAUGGAAUCUUGUAUGUCAUUUUUGAAGUUUUCAUCUUCAACCAAUUGAGCUGAAAUUUGUACAGACGUUUGCUUUGGAUUUCAAUGCGUGAUCUGACGGCGCAUCCAGGAAUGGCCCCCGACGAGGGAACUCCUCAACGGUUUAUUGUGUAUGUCAGUUUGUAAUGUCUUCCUUUUUCUAUCUCUAAGUCUCUUAAGUCAAUUUAUAUGAGAUUUCGGUUGAAAUAUUUUAGUGAAUUUUAGUACAAUUACAAUUGAUUAAUUAAAUGAUUGAGCAAAGACGGUGCCAUUGCAUUUAAAUUAAGGCGUUUUAUAUUGUAAAUAACUUAAUUAUUAUAUUUAUUUAUCGCGUAGAGUAAGUAAAGCGUAUUCAAAAUGUAAAUUAUGUACAAAAUAUAUUAUUAAAUAUAUUAAAAAUGAAUUAGUGACUG